AAUCUGUUUGAGAGUACUGAGUAGAUUUGAGCCUUAAAUUUGUAUAAAAAUAGAUCAAAUUGUCAAAUUCUGUAUCAAAGCUUUUGAAGACUUCAGAUUGAAAACUUCGGCAAAUAAGCAAAACAAUUUUACAAUUUAUCAUGAUGAAAUUCACAGUUGGAUUGUUGGCUCUCUUUGCCGUCAGCGUUCAUAGCUCUGCUAUCCUUCCUUAUGCUGCUUGGCCACAAGCUGCUUCAUAUGCUGCUGUUCCAUAUGCUGCUUCUUGGCAACAUGCACCAAUCACCCAAUACUCUUCAUACCCAGCAGUUUCCGCUUACGCUCAUGCUGCCCCAAUCUCUUAUGCCGCACAUGUUGAAGCACCAGCCGUUUAUGCAAAAACUGUCGCCGCUCCAUCAUUCUAUGCUGCACCAGUAGCUUAUGCCGCACCAGCAGCUUAUGCUGCACCAGCUGUAGUCCCAGUCGCUAAAAUCGGCGCUUCAUACACAGCCGCCAACCGUGGAUCAGUCCAUACUGCCCCAUUACCAGGACAUGAUGUCUCACAAACUAGCCUCAACUUGGCCCCAGCACCAGGAACAUGGUAAAUAAAGAAAUGAAUUUGUCUCGCAAAUUGUAAUGUGAUUAAAAUCUGAUAUUUAAAAUAAAAAGUGUAUUCGAUGAAAAA